AUGGCUCUUGGUUGGGAAAGUCCUAAGCGCUCUUCAGUUAAAAGAGUCAAAAUUGAAAUGGAUGAAUCUCUUGCUGAGUUGAAUUUUUGGGAUACAGUUUCGACUCCACGCAGUCCUCUUACUAGUGAAAUCAGUUUAGACCUAGAUAAGCAGGGUUUAUCAGUAAGUUUUAAAGUAGUUAGUAUUGAGAGAUUAGAUAAUUGGGCGCGAAUUUGGGGAACAGAUAACGAAGUAGUAGAGAUAAGUGGGAUUUGGUUAGAAAGUUUACCAAGGAUAGGUAAUGGAGUGACUAUCAUGCGAUGUUUAUGUUGUCCUACUAAAGAGGGAGAUUUAAGUGUAGUUAAUAAUGAAGAGAACUACUUAAUCAUUCAUGGGAAGAAGUCAUUAAGUACAACCCAUGUAAUUCAGUCGGUUGAGUGUGUACGUAAGGCCUUACUAACCAGUCAAGUUGAAGUGUACAACCAAAAGUGGUACAAACAACAAGUUCAUGGUUUGAUUUUACACGAAUGGUUUGAGUACUUACUGGCCCAACGGGAAGCUCCUUUAAAAGAGGUGGCUAAAGAGUUGAAGUCUAUUCUGUGCCGACGAGUACUUGAGAUCUACCGAAUAGAUGAGAAGAUAGGUGAAACCUUUAAACAAGUCUUCAAACACUUAGGAGCCUUAAAGAAGUUCAUUACGGCCUUGCGGUACACAACCUGUACCAAUAAUAGAACCAGACAUAGUCGUUUGUUACAGAUUAAAGGUAAAUCAGAUGCAACAAUUCUUGAUAACGGACUAGAGACAGAAAUUGAACUGAAAACCGGGGCGCAGUUACAUAAUGAUAAUAUUGCCCAAGUAAUUCUGUACGGACUACUGCAGAAAGAAGCUCUAGGCUAUCUUUCCCAAACUCUCUACCAUAUGAAGAGUGGCAGUACUCAAUCCGUAGCUUUAAAACAUCCUGAAGUAAGGAGUCUGCUUAAUCAGCGCAAUAAGAUCGUCCAGACUAAACAACUCCCACCACGACAAGUAAUUAAUCAUUGUCGGGUGUGCUAUGCUAAAGAGAUGUGCACGACUAUUGCGGAAAUAGAAGAAGCCUCUUCCGGAUUGGGUAAUUUAUUUGAUCAUAGUUUAUCACAGCCGCUUGGUCUGCAUAAUGGCCUGGAGAUGUUAAAGAGUUUGGAUUUUGAUGAUCCGCGUUUAUUUGGGUAUCUUUGGGAACAAAUUCAAGCGGAAGAAGAUAGUGCUAAAGAGACACUGUUUCAGUGUGCAGUAAGUGUCUGGGAAGGUUCUUACUUAAAACUAACUAUUCUGGCUAACGAUAAGUCUUGCCAUCUUUAUAAUGAUGAUUUUGUGGUGCUUUAUGAUGAAACUAAAUGUGCGGUAGGGAAAGGUGUUAUUUCAGCGGCGGGAAAGGAAGGUUUGGAAGUUCAUAUGUUUGAAGACUUAUCUCUAUCUUUUGAAAGUCAUUUGUACAUUUCUAAGGAUCCAUCCGUUAAGUACUUUGCUGAACUACGAGGUUCACUUAUUCAGUUGUAUACAUCAAGUAAGGUUAGGAAAGCUUGGAAGGCUGUGCCGCAAGCGGGUAAGUUUGAAAUUCAUGGUGAUUAUGUAAAUGAGUUCUUUGCGCUUAAUUUCGACCAGCAGAAGGCCCUGGCUAGUGCGCUGAGUUCAACACCAUAUACUUUGAUUCAUGGUAUGCCAGGGACGGGUAAGACUAAGGUGAUUUCUCUGCUGAUUAGAAUUCUAGUGGCUACGGGUAAGAAAGUACUGGUUUGUUGUUAUACGCGGCUUUCUUUGUGUAAUAUAGCUGCUCGUUUAGAGAAUCAGCCGCAUAUCAAGAUGUAUCGUACGGGUGUAACUAAGAUAGAAAAGUUAGUGGAUCGGCCUGAAGAAAUUGGUGCGGCUUUAGAUACUUAUAAUGUUGUACUGGCUACUACUCGAUCUGUUUUUAAAGAUGUUAUUUUUGAUAAGUCGCGCCGGUUUGAUGUGUAUAUUGCUGAUGAAGCUACUCAGCAAAAUAUGCUUCUUUCGGUGAUUCCAGCUUUAGUUUCCAACGCUAUGGUUUUAGUAGGCGAUCAUUUACAGCUGCACCCUCUAGCUAAUGCUCCGGGGUUGCGGCUUAGUCUCUUUGAAAUUCUAAGGGAGCGUUCACCGGUGGCCUCCCUGACUUAUCAGUACCGGAUGCCUAAAUGUAUCAUGGAUGUAGCUAAUGACUUGUUCUAUGCCCAGCAGAUGAAGUGUAAGAGUAAAGAGAUGCAUGGUUCAAUUGGGGUUAUUGAUAUUACAGAUGAUACGCAGGCAGAGACUAUUUUAGCUGAGGCCCCAAGUAGUGCCCAGAUUCUUUGUUACUUUAACGAUCAGGUCCGGACAAUUCGGGCACUAGGUAAAUCAGCAGAAACGAUUGAUCGGUUUCAAGGAAGUGAAGCUGAAGAUAUUAUCUUAAUUGUUGAUUUAUUUGUUCCCAACGGUCCUUCUAAUGAGAUUCUUCUUUCACCACAAAGACUUAAUGUAGCCCUUACUCGGGCUAAGAAGUCUUUGCUUAUUCUUGGGCGUACGCAACGCCUGGCAGAGCAUAAAGUGUUUGCCGAUCUGUUUCAGUCCAUCAACAAAAUACCAGCAGCCACUCCACCCCGUCCUAACUAA